UUGAGGGUCUUGCAACUUUGAAACUGGCUUUGCGACUGGGGCGUACGUGUAGAUCAGCCUACCAAAUUCCACUACCAUUUCUGCCAAGAAUUAUUUAAUACGUCCACUUUUGUGAGGACCAUUGUGAGUCUACCAAGAAAUGCGUCUGAGAUUAUGAACGGGGAAAAAUGGUCUGUCGGUUUCAAAGCGUCAUAACCUAACCGUGUGUUGAUGGCUAAGUAUUGUAUUCAUGGGACUGUGAGUUGUGUGUCGUUUGAGUGAAUGUCUGGUUUUAGUUCUGGAACUGGAUAUACGCUACACCAUCCACCAUGGAGGAAGUAUUCAACGAAACGGAAUAUUAUAAAGUCUUCAACUGCACAUCGGAUCCCACAGCGGCCGAGAUGUUUACAUUUUUUGAGCACAACCCGGCCGGUCUGGUUUGUCUGAUAAUUGCUACCGUCAUCACGGCAGUUCAGACGGUGAUCAUGAUCGACGGGAUCGUCUGGAUAUCGAAGAAUAUCCCACACGCAGAGAGAUCGUCCUCCAUGAUCUGGUUAUACUCCAUCUGGCCGGUGUUUUGUAUCGUCUCCUUAUGCGGUUUAUAUAUACCAAAAGCUGCACUUCUUUCCAACGCCGGUGCAAAUUUGUUUUUAUUCCCCACCAUUUAUAACUACCUGGCUCUCCUAGUGGACUACUUCGGCGGUGAGGAUGCCAUGAUCAGCAAGAUGAAGGACCAUCCCAUCAAGUACAGUCGGCCGCCAUGUUGCUGCUGUUGCUGCUGCUGCCCGCCUGGAAUGUGCUCUCGCGUCCUGAAAAGAAAGCAGUUCAACAGACUCGAGCUACUCGUCAUGCAGAUUUCAGUAGUGCGACCCUUACUUUUGUUUCUGUCCGAAAUGUUCGUGCUGGACGGGACUUUCCCAGUGGACAAUCCAUUUAAUUACAUGGCUCCUGGUCUCUACAUACAAAUCUUGACAGUGGGGAGCACGUUGACAGCAAUGCAGGUCCUGGGAACCCUGAACGCAUCGUGCAGGCCACACCUCAAGCAGUACAGCACCCAAUCCAAGUUCCUGAUCGUUCAGUUUGCUCUCCUCAUGUGUAACGUCCAGAACACACUGAUCAACUUCAUCUUGAACGGACUGGGCGGCUGCGGCAACCCGUACCCAUACAAGUCCCGGGACUACAUAUGGAACUGCUUCCUGAUAAUCCUGGAGAGCCUGAUAUUCCAGCCGAUCUGCAUAAAAUACCUCCGCACCUUGAAGGGUAACGUGCUGUUCAUUCCGCAGAAGCUGAAGAAGUCCAAGACCUACGCGGGCACGUCGCUAAUGAAGGCCGGCCAAAAAGGGCUCUUGGAGGAGGCCACGGAAGCGGCGGACUUAGACGGGGCCUCGGAGAAGACACCGCUGGUCAUGCGCCGAGCGCGCAGUCACAGCGACAUCAAAGAGGGUUACGGAAGUGUCAUAACGGUAUAGAGGCGAAUGGGGACUUAUGGUCGGUUGAGUUAGAAGAGGGUAGCACAUGCAAACGUCGUUAACUUUUUGAUGUGAAGUGCCCAUUGCCCGAAGUGUGCCAGAUGAAAUAACAAUGCAAAAUGGUUAUUUGCAACUGUUUCCAAGCGGAAAACGUUUCCCGUACGCGUACCAUUUUCUAACGGCCCCUUAUUAUUACAUAAUUAUAGAAACGGUGCGGUGCGGUUCGGAAGAAAAAAAUAAGUGGUUAUAUUAUUAUUAUUCUGCGUGGUUAUUUCACCUGGCAUACCAGACAAAUUCGCGUUUGUGUUCGCUUUCGCGCCGAGCAUGAACCAGCCAUUGAGGACGUCUUGUGACCGCUCGACCUGGGCCAAGCUACACGCAGCUGUCGAAAUCACACCGAAUUUUGUAGAGCAGAGGUUACCAAAUUACAUCCGCUGAUUAUUGAAUUUUUACCCAAUAUUUCGUCUGCACUGGGCCAGUUUGAAGGCAUGUUGUUGAUCACUAGCACUACCUUCAUAACGGACGAGAGGCGAUUAAAAUCAGUAUCGGUCUCUUGCAAUGUUUAAUGUUGUUUUUUGUUCGGGUUACGUUAACUUUGUGGGGGCAAGGCAACAGGUUUCCUACGCGUGUAGUGCGGACAGGCUCAUCCUCGACUGCUGAGCGUGCGGCGCGUGCGCAAAAUGAACAACCAAUCAAAUGGAAAAGACUGACCUCUUUAUGCGUGACGUCAAGGUUGACAACCAAUCACGGUAUUCUCAUCUGACCUUAUACAUAAUAAAAAUGGCUCAGUGCGAAACUUUCCAAUAAAACUUUACAGAAGUUGUGUCGGAUGGGAACGUCUUUACAGUAUUUCGAAUUUCAUUAGUAUUAACAAAAUAUCCUUUUCCUCCAUAUCUAAGCUCGGUUCGUUUUUUGCAAGUUAUUAACUCCUAUUACCUACAUGCAUGUAAAUACGCAAAACAAGUUUAAACCCAUUGAGGUGAAAUACCAAAACCUCUUGGUUUGGUUUGAAACUUGUCGCCUUCAUCUUAUAAUCUCAUUUCUUUCUUCAUCAUCAAAGCAAAACUGGCAUAAAUAGAUUUCAAACACUGUAAAAAUGAAGUCAUUGUCCAGUUUGAAUUGCUGUUUAUUCAACUAUAAGGCAUGAUUCAUUGCAUUCGUUGUAAAAACUGUUGAAAUUUACGAAACUUCUCUAAGGAAAAAGUAAGGACAGGUACACCUACGCCUAAUAAGAAUUAGUUUCGAAAACAUGAUGAUUUCACUGACUUUUUUUGGAUGUAGAAUUAGAGUGACAUAAAAACAUAACCAAGGAAAAUACUUGUUGAUAGUGCUGAAGUGCUGUUUCUGGUAUUGGCCAUCUAAACCAGAAUAUUCUUAAACGAACCAAAAAGAAAUUAACAAGAACAUUUAGUGAACAAAAAUAACUUUCGAAAAGACCAGCAUGCAGAAAAAACACCAAAAUAGAAUAACAAUAUUUAGUACUUUAGAAGUAAGACUUGUAUAUAGCUAUAAUAAACAUAAACAUUAAGCAUGUAAUAACGUCUCUGUAGUAUAUAUUUCUCUAGAACUAUACCAUUGGGUGUGGCCAAAGUGUGAAACAUUUAGCGAAUGGCAAUAAAACAUUCCGUUUAGCAUGCACAAAAAAAAAUCUGGUAAGAUUAUGGCCACAGUGUGCAUAGACACUUCAGCAGAUGCCCUUUUUUACCCUAAAUAGAAUCUAGAAUCUGUUUCAGUGCUUAUCUGAGAUUUGUUAGUCAAGUGUGUUUAAAGUACAGUUUUUGUGCUUGUUUUGUAAAAAUUUUGUUCAGCAUUUAUCUGAAAUAUACACUUGACCGUUGUUUUUAAUCUUGUGCUGUUGCGAACAAAUACAUUAAGUGUUUGUACAUGUGUAUUAGUGUAAUGGAUUUACAUGGCAGGAACAAACACAGAAAAAAAUUCUUCCGAAUUUGAUGACAGAGAUGUGUGACUUUCGUGUAUUCAUUCGCCCCUGUAUUCCUUUAUGUAUUGAUAAGAAAACCCAUGGAAUCACCUAAAAGGAAACAAGAGUGUUAACUACACUGCAACCGUUAAGAAAACU